AUGUUGUUCAGAACUGCGCUUCUCAGUACUUUCGCCGGGCUGGCCCAGGCAGCCUUGACAUACCGCGGAGUAGACUGGUCUUCGGUCGCUGUGGAGGAGGCUUCAGGCAUUACCUACAAGACAUCGAGCGGCACUGCCGAGUCAUUGGAGAAGAUUCUGGUUGCUAAUGGUGUAAACACCGUCCGCCAAAGGGUCUGGGUCAACCCAUCCGAUGGCAACUACAACCUCGACUAUAACGUGGCUUUGGCCAAGCGCGCAAAGGCCGCAGGACUCAAUGUCUACCUUGACCUCCACUACUCCGACACUUGGGCCGACCCUGCGCACCAGGCGAUCCCAUCAGGCUGGCCCAGCGAUGUUUCCAACCUGGCCUGGGAAGUGUACAACUACACCCUGGAUGUCAUGAACGCCAUGAACGAUGCUGGCGUGUCGCCCGUAAUUGUGUCAAUUGGUAACGAGAUCACUGCCGGCAUGCUCUUCUCCACUGGAAGCACAUCCAAUAUGUAUAACCUCGCCACCAUUCUGCACUCGGCCGCCUACGGUGUCAAGGACAGUGACCUGGCCACGACGCCCAAGAUCAUGAUCCACCUCGACAAUGGCUGGAACUGGGACACCCAGGAGUGGUGGUACAGCAGCGUUCUCGCAGAAGGUCCCUUGUCGACCUCUGACUUUGACAUCAUGGGCGUUUCCUAUUAUCCGUUCUACAACUCGGCUGCCACGCUCGCCAGUCUGAAAACGAGUCUGACAAACAUGGCCAGCACGUGGGGUAAGGAGAUCAUCGUCGCCGAAACCGACUGGCCCACCUCGUGCCCAUCGCCCGCCUAUGCCUUCCCCAGCGACCUGUCGUCCAUCCCCUUCUCCGCGGCCGGCCAGACCACAUUUGUGCAAAAGGUCGCCGCCGUUGUUGACGCCGUCAGCACUGGCACUGGACUGUUCUACUGGGAGCCUGCUUGGGUCGACAACUCUUCGCUUGGCUCGUCGUGUCCCUACAACACCAUGUUUGAAUACCCUGGCACGGCGCUCUCGAGCUUGUCGGUCUUUAGCACCAUCUAA